GAGAGAUCGAUAAUUUGAAAUUUUAGGUUAUUUAAGAUACGAAAAUAUUGUGAUGUGUCGUUUUUAUUUCAUGUUUAUUGAGUGAACAAUUAUUUAAACUAUGUCUGUGGUUAUUGAAACAACUCUUGGUGAUAUUACUGUUGACUUGUAUCUGGAACAAAGGCCUGCAACAUGUCUGAACUUUUUAAAGUUGUGCAAAAUGAAAUAUUACAAUUACAACUUAUUUCAUACGAUACGAAGUGGUUUUAUAGCACAAACAGGAGACCCUUCGGGCGAUGGCUCUAAGGGAGAAUCUAUCUGGGGUAUUUUAGAAGGCCCACAAAAGAGAUAUUUUUCUGGAGAAAAAAGGCCAAAAAUAAGGCAUUCUGAUGCUGGUUUGUUGUCAAUGGUUUGCACGGAUGAUAUGAUGGUAGGUUCUCAGUUCUUUCUUACGCUAGCUCCUGAUUUAGACUCACUAGAUGGCACUCAUUGUGUUAUUGGUGAAGUUUCAGAAGGGCAUGAUGUUUUAAACAAAUUCAAUGAAGUAAUUUGUGAUGAAAAUCAUCGACCCUAUCGAGAUGUGCGCAUUACCCAUACAGUCAUCCUGAAUGACCCUUUCAAUGACCCACCUGGAUUGAUAGCACCUUCUAGAUCACCAUCACCAAAUGCAGAGAGGCUAAAAGGUGGAAGAAUUGCUCCUGAUGAAGAAAUAGAUGAAACUGAAGGCAAAACAGCUGAAGAGUUACAAGAAAUGAUAGAAGAAAAGGAAGCAAAAGCUCGUGCCACUAUAUUAGAAAUUGUUGGAGAUUUACCUGAUGCUGAUAUAGCCCCACCUGAAAAUGUUUUAUUUGUUUGUAAAUUGAAUCCAGUCACAUCUGAUGAUGAUUUAGAAAUUAUAUUCAGUAGAUUUGGGAAAAUUGUUAGUUGUGAAGUUAUAAGAGAUAAAAAGACUGGUAAUUCUUUGCAAUAUGCAUUCAUUGAAUUUGCAGAUAAAAAGUUUUGUGAAGAUGCAUAUUUGAAAAUGGACAAUGUAUUAAUUGAUGAUAGAAGAAUUCAUGUAGACUUUUCACAAUCAGUAUCCAAAAUGAGAUGGUUGGGUAAGGGUAGAGGUGUUCAAUAUUUAGAUGACUCUCAAGAUGAAGUCAUAUCAGAAAAAUAUUCCAGCAGAGAGACAGAUAGAAGAGCCCGUGAAGACAGAAAAUAUAAAACAGACUCUCAUAGUCGUGACCACAGACAUGACAGAAGAGACCAUUAUGAAAAUAGAAUAGAUAGAAAUUUUGAUAAGAAAUCCAAAGACCAAUUGAGACAGAGCAGCAAUAGUCAUUCUAGAACAAGUCAAUCUCAGAAUAAAUCAUAUAAAACAGCAUUAGAACCUGAUAGAGAAAAGUCUCACAAGAAUGGGCAACAUAUUAAUUCUUAUAGAAAUAAAAAUGAGCACCGUAGUAGAUCACCAAUAAAAAACAUUAAAAGCCAGUCUCCAUCAAGAAAACAAACAAACCCAUCUAAUGAGAGAGAAAUACAUGAUAGAUCUAAAAUAAGAAAAGAUUACCAUAGUCACAGUUCAAGGCAUGAAAGAGAAAAAAGCAGAAAAUCGGCUCAUAAAGGUAAUGGUUGUGAUGAGCCAAAAACUCCAUCUCCAACUUUACAGACUAAAAAUGAAAAGGAGAAUUUACAAAAUAAAUGUAAGAAAAAUAAACAUAAAUUAAAAGAAAAUUUGAAAAACAAGAAAAAAUCUGGAAAGCAAAGAUCAUCACCAAGCUCAUCAUCAUCAUCAGAAUCUAGUUCAUCAACAAGUUCUAGUGACUCUAGUUCUUCAAGUGAAUCAGAUAGAAAAAGAAAGAAAAUAGUUAAAAAGAAACGAAAAUAUUCUACUUCAAGCAGUAGUAGCUCCUCAACAAGCAGCUCUUCCAGUAGUACAUCAAGUAGUGAUAGUUCUAGUUCUGACGGUCAUAUUAGCAGGAAAAGACGUAAAAAAAAUGGGACCAAGAAAACUUCUUCAAAGAUGACAAAAAGUAAAUAAAUAUUAGUUACUGCAAUUUAUUAAGUCUUCUUAUGCCUAAUUUUUACUUAAAAAUGGAUAAAAUAAUUUGUACUUAACAUACAUUGGACUGCUGAGAUUGGGCUUAUGCCCCUGGUCUCAGAAGUCCAAUGUUAGAACAAAUGUGACCUAUGGUGUCAAUGGUAUGAUGUUAUAAAUAGUUGUACCAGUAAGUCUUUUAGUCUGAUGAUUGUCUCAUUGUACCCAGUUUUAGUUACCACUUGUAGAAACAUAUGUGUUGGUUUAUUUGUUUUAAUUCAUUCUAUCAUACAAAGUGUUAGGGUAUUUUUUUUUUCAUGAAACCUUACCUGAUAGUGAUCACCACCACCCCUCUCACCACCAGAAGAAUCACAGGUUUAUGUAUUUCAGAGAAAUCAACGAUCUUUAAAAAAGCAUUAAUAUUCUUUGCAUGUUUUAUAUAACAUGGAAACUAUAAUAUAUAAAAUAAAAUUAUAACACACACAUUUGUUUCUCAUAGGUUGACAUAGGUAAGGUAAACAAUUGUAUGAAUAAAAGGUUCUAUCAUCCAAUUAUUUAUACCAACAAUCUGCUACUAACCAAUAGUAGCAGAAAGCAUAUUUAAAGUUAUUAUUUCGUUAUAUAACAUGCUAUCUUUUACUGUCAAAAUGAAAAAGAAAGUGACAAUAUUAUAUUUAAUGAAAUAUUAACUUUAAGAAUGCUUUUGCAACUGGCGGUUAGACAUGCUAAUUCUUUAAAUAGAUAAAAAUAUGGAAUUAUUGUAGUUGCAUCACUAACUUUAUGAUUAUUUAUAUUAUAAUUAUUUAAAAAAUUCUCAUUAUAAUUAAUAUUAUUAUUAUAUUAAUUAUUCAAUUAUCAAUGUCACAACUGAGUUUAAGACUAUGAUUAAAUUUAAUAAAUUAACUUGACUCUAUCAAGUACAUAGAAUAGGAGAGCUUUUAAGAAAUGGUUGAUGCCGCAUGGAAUAAACCAGGAAAGUAUAACAGCAGUAGGGCUUGCAAAAACUUAUUGCUUUGUUUAAAGAGAUUUUCCGGUCUUUAUAUUGUUUUUUUUUUAUGUCUGAUUGUGUUUGAUAAUGCUGGAAAUAAUAGUAAUUAUUUAUUUUCUUUAAUAUUAAGAUUUCUAACCGCAAUAUAAACUAUUGAGGUCAAACUUGAUAUUAUUAUAAAUUUACCUUAUAUUAAAGAACAGAUCAAUUAAAAGAAAUAUUUCAACUCUGAUUUGUGUUCCAUUAUCAAGACUAAAUAACCCAAAUAUGAAUGUCUUUGGUCAAGUUGAGUUAUUUGAAAAAAAAAAAUUGAAAUUAAUAAAUUUCCUGUUUAAAAGCGGUUUGCCCUAAACAGCACCAUUUUUCUAAGUUUUGUCUACACUGUAGGUAGUUUUUAGUUAGAUGUUUAAUCUACUUAAUGUGGUGUGGCAUUCAUCACAAUAAUCCUGUAUGGUCAAGUAAUUAGUCAUAGUUAUUCUAUGAAAAUUUUGUCAUGGUAAUUUUAUUGCUAUAUAAUAUUAAUAUGUCAUCAAUAUGUAAUUCUUAAGUCAAAAUAAAGCACAAUCUGUUUUAUUAAGAAAUGCAAUGUAAAGUUACUCCAAAUUUAAAAUUAUUUCCCCCUGUCAUGUGGUUUUGUUGUGACAAAGGUAAAUAAACACAAGAGUAUUAAAUUUUUAAUUACUUUGUAUUGCAUUUAUUAAUAACACAGAAUAAGUUUAUUGUAGCAAUGGAAUGGGUCAAUGUGUUAUUUUUUUGUGUCUUGCUGUCUAUUGUAUCUGCUGUAAAGAGUGAUAUUAUGCCAUUAGUGCCUUAUGCUGCAACAAACACCUCAAGAGUUAGCUAAUAUGUGUGCAUAAAAGUUUUUUAAGGAUAUUUUAGGAAUUCAGGUACACUUUCAUUAAGGAAUAGCUGGAAGCCAUCCACUGCUGGAUAAAGGCCUUCCCCAUAGAUCUCCGACCAUCUCUCCGUUGAUCUAUGUGCCCUGCCCACUGCCACUUUAGUUUCUCAUUUAUUUAGGCUAUGUCGGUAACUUUGGUUCUACGGAUCUCCUCAUUUCUGAUUCGAUCUCGCAGGGAAACUUCGAGCAUAGCCCUCUCCAUUUAGCAAUAUGUGUCCCAACAAAUACCCACCAAUGACUACAAAUAUUAAUGUAAGCAGUAAAUAAUCAAUGAAUUUGGCGAUUAGCAACAUCUCAAAGAUUAAAACAUGGAAAUCCUUACAAUAAGUAAAGGCAGCAUUCGCUAUUUUCUUUAAAAGGUUAACUAUUAGAUCUUGUGCACAUAUAUGUUAAGAUAAACACUUAAAAAACUUCUCACAUUCAGUGGGUGGACCUGCAGGUGGGGGGAAAUUGUUUAAAGGUCGUAUAACUGAACCUGUAACUAACUGAAUAAGAACCUGUGACGUAUUGCGUUUUGAAAUACUAUACGCGUUCCGUGUUUUUGGAUUGGUAAAAUAUUACUACCUUUGUAUUAAAAGUAUAAAAUUAAAUUAUUAAGAGUUAUAUCAAUACAUUUAAUUUAUAUUUUUUGUAGAAUAUAAGUUUCUUUAAGAAAUAAAAGAACAUGUACUUA